UCACAAAACGGAGAUUUCAUCUUGUCUGAGGCUGGAUAGAAUUGAAAGCAACCCAAACACCAGAGCCACGGGCAUGAUGGCUAAGAAGCCCCCGAAACCAGCGCCCCGCAGGAUCUUCCAGGAGAGGUUAAAGAUCACCGCUCUGCCCCUGUACUUUGAAGGGUUUUUAUUAGUCAAACGGCCUGAGUACCAGGAGUACAAACUCUACUGGACAGAGUUGAGAGGAACCACGCUUUUCUUUUAUACCGACAGAAAAAGCACAAUAUAUGUUGGCAAGUUAGACAUAAUAGACCUUGUAUGCCUUACUGACCAAAAUUCAACUGAGAAGAGCUGUGCCAAAUUCACUCUUGUUCUGCCUACAGAGGAAGUGCAACUGAAGACAGAAAACACAGAAAGUGGGGAAGAAUGGAGGGGCUUCAUUCUUACAGUAACAGAGCUGUCCGUUCCUCAACACGUGUCACUUCUACCGGGACAAGUGAUUAGACUACACGAAGUCUUAGAGAGAGAAAAGAAAAGAAGACUUGAGACAGAGCGGUUGCCAGUUAUGCCUGCGGAGAAAGAGAAGGAGCCGGAGCAAGAAGAUGUGGAUGUACCGAACCCCAUGCCAGCAUGUUUUUAUGCAGUUUCCCGGAAAGAAGCAACCGAGAUGCUGGAGAAGAAUCCUUCUUUGGGAAACAUGAUCCUGAGGCCUGGCAGUGACAGUAAAAACUACUCCAUCACUAUUCGACAGGAGAUAGAAAUGCCAAGAAUCAAACACUACAAAGUGAUGAGCGCUGGAAAGAACUACACCAUCGACCUGGAGAAACCCGUAACACUCCCAAACCUUUUCAGCGUCAUUGACUAUUUUGUGAAAGAGACGCGAGGGAAUCUGAGACCAUUCAUACAUUCAACCGAUGACAACCUCGGUAUGGUCAAGAGCCCAACACAGAAAAGUGAGAAGCUGAAGAAAAAUCCACACAAGGCCUGAAAUAACGCGAAAACUGCUUCCAUAGGUCUUAGUAUUUAUUGUUUUCAAAAGGAAGACUUUCACUUUUAAAGACAAUUAUCUCUGACCCUAAAUCACUUGUUUGGGAACAAGAAUAAAAUAAUGUAGCAUGUAAUUCCAUUGUUUUAUCAGUAGGAAAUCAAUUUACUGGUUACCACCAGCUGUCUGUAGAGUAACCUGACACAUACAUUUCUCUGUACUAAGCGGGGAAAAAUUACUUUUUAAACAAAAACAGGUUUUUGUUCCUCCAUGGCGUCAUUUAAAUACAUUUCACAUAUACAAUUUGCAUUGCAGAUUAUCUAGUUCCCCUAAAUCCUACAUUAUCUUCUAAACUCUAACUAGGUUUUUGGUAAAGUCUGAUUGAACAAAUGAAUCAAAUGUAAGUCAUUUAAAUGAUCUGGUUGGCGGCCACAGACAAGAAAUGAACUAGGAAAUGUCCACCUGGUAGGAAUGCCAUAUGCUGUAUAUUAUGUUCAUGGAACUAACUGCAAUUCAUUUUUAUGUUUUUCCUUGAAGCUCUCAUUCUACUAGUUCAAAACUAAGCCAUAUAUCAUUAAAGGAUGAUAAAAUAAACACCACUUUCAAACGUGCAUGUUGUGUGAUGUCUUACUCUUUUUGACUUUUUGGGGUGCCCACCAACCAGCUCCCAAAUAACACAAGAAGGCUUAUUUUUAGUUAUGAAUGCCCAGCCUUAGCUUGACUUGUUUCUUGCCAGCUUCUCUUAAAUUAUCCCAACUAUCUUUUGCCUCUGGGCUUUUAUCUUUCUCCAUUUCUGCAUAUUUUCUUUCCUUCUUACUCAGUGACUGUGUGGCUGGCUCCUGACCUCCUCACCUAGUUUUCUUGUUCCUCUACCUCUCUCCCCCCAGAGUUCUUCUUCUGUUUACACUCUCUGUCUGCCAGUCCCACCUAUGCUUGCUCCUGCCUCGCUACUGGCCGCUCAUCUCUUUAUUAGAACCGUCAGGUGUUUUAGACAGGCACAGUGACAGCUUCCCAGAGUUAAACAAAUGCAGUGUAAAUGUCCCACACCUGAAAAUAAUAUUCCCCAACACAUGUAGACGGUGAUUCAUUUCUUCAAAAAUACAGAUCCAAAAUCCAGAUUAGAUCUCUUGAAUACAAUCUCAGUCACACUUUUUUCCUUUGAAAACAAGUUCUUAAAUUGA